UUUACAUUUUGUUCUACGAAUAUUAUAUCAAUUUAUAUUUUGAUUAUCUUUUUUAGAAGCGACUGGAGGUUUGUCGCCGAGAUUGACCCUCGCUCAAGAAGGGUCACCGAAACUCGGGCCGAGCUGCACGAGGCUGGCGUAUCUCAGUCGCUCGUGCGGUUCGCCUGAGUUUUUUUUUUUUUGUAGCCGUUGUUCGAUUUGAAAAUCUCGUGGUCAAUAAUUUAACUAUAUUUUAUUGUGUUCUUGAACUGAAAUCGUUACAAGAUCGUCUAUAAGAUGGUGUACAUAACUUGAGUUUGUUAUAACUCGAGUUGUUGCAGUUUUGAACUGGGGCGUCGAUAUAAUAAUUUAUGUUUUUGCAGGCAGCAGAAUGGUGGCUGACUACCGCCGCCAGACUGGUGAGCGUCGAUUGCGGGAUGAGUGCACCUGCAUCAUCCGCAACGGCGUUCACCACUAAGCGGCUGGUAUCCGAGUACGGUCGACGUACUGAUGAUGCGUUGGGUAGCCUGUCAAUAUCCGGCACAGUCAACUACAAGACUGUACUCGAUGCGUUUGUUCAUCCUAAUGUGUACAGGCUGGCCAUCCUGUACACAUUAGUCUCUCGGCGGGCGGACAUGGCGGACGUGGUCACACGUCUGGAGUGCCUGAUCAACCGGUGUGUGGAGGUCAUACCGGUUGUGUUGCUGAUGGCACAUUCCCAUCGCCAGUUGUAUGUAUAUUUUUUUUACAUUUUGUUCUACGAAUAUUAUAUCAAUUUAUAUUUUGAUUAUCUUUUUUAGAAGCGACUGGAGGUUUGUCGCCGAGAUUGACCCUCGCUCAAGAAGGGUCACCGAAACUCGGGCCGAGCUGCACGAGGCUGGCGUAUCUCAGUCGCUCGUGCGGUUCGCCUGAGUUUUUUUUUUUUUUGUAGCCGUUGUUCGAUUUGAAAAUCUCGUGGUCAAUAAUUUAACUAUAUUUUAUUGUGUUCUUGAACUGAAAUCGUUACAAGAUCGUCUAUAAGAUGGUGUACAUAACUUGAAUUUGUUAUAACUCGAGUUGUUGCAGUUUUGAACUGGGGCGUCGAUAUAAUAAUUUAUGUUUUUGCAGGCAGCAGAAUGGUGGCUGACUACCGCCGCCAGACUGGUGAGCGUCGAUUGCGGGAUGAGUGCACCUGCAUCAUCCGCAACGGCGUUCACCACUAAGCGGCUGGUAUCCGAGUACGGUCGACGUACUGAUGAUGCGUUGGGUAGCCUGUCAAUAUCCGGCACAGUCAACUACAAGACUGUACUCGAUGCGUUUGUUCAUCCUAAUGUGUACAGGCUGGCCAUCCUGUACACAUUAGUCUCUCGGCGGGCGGACAUGGCGGACGUGGUCACACGUCUGGAGUGCCUGAUCAACCGGUGUGUGGAGGUCAUACCGGUUGUGUUGCUGAUGGCACAUUCCCAUCGCCAGUUAAGCGACUGGAGGUUUGUCGCCGAGAUUGACCCUCGCUCAAGAAGGGUCACCGAAACUCGGGCCGAGCUGCACGAGGCUGGCGUAUCUCAGUCGCUCGUGCGGUUCGCCUGAGUUUUUUUUUUUUUGUAGCCGUUGUUCGAUUUGAAAAUCUCGUGGUCAAUAAUUUAACUAUAUUUUAUUGUGUUCUUGAACUGAAAUCGUUACAAGAUCGUCUAUAAGAUGGUGUACAUAACUUGAAUUUGUUAUAACUCGAGUUGUUGCAGUUUUGAACUGGGGCGUCGAUAUAAUAAUUUAUGUUUUUGCAGGCAGCAGAAUGGUGGCUGACUACCGCCGCCAGACUGGUGAGCGUCGAUUGCGGGAUGAGUGCACCUGCAUCAUCCGCAACGGCGUUCACCACUAAGCGGCUGGUAUCCGAGUACGGUCGACGUACUGAUGAUGCGUUGGGUAGCCUGUCAAUAUCCGGCACAGUCAACUACAAGACUGUACUCGAUGCGUUUGUUCAUCCUAAUGUGUACAGGCUGGCCAUCCUGUACACAUUAGUCUCUCGGCGGGCGGACAUGGCGGACGUGGUCACACGUCUGGAGUGCCUGAUCAACCGGUGUGUGGAGGUCAUACCGGUUGUGUUGCUGAUGGCACAUUCCCAUCGCCAGUUGUAUGUAUAUUUUUUUUACAUUUUGUUCUACGAAUAUUAUAUCAAUUUAUAUUUUGAUUAUCUUUUUUAGAAGCGACUGGAGGUUUGUCGCCGAGAUUGACCCUCGCUCAAGAAGGGUCACCGAAACUCGGGCCGAGCUGCACGAGGCUGGCGUAUCUCAGUCGCUCGUGCGGUUCGCCUGAGUUUUUUUUUUUUGUAGCCUUUGUUCGGUUCGUGGAAUUGGCCUUUCGGGGGAUACCACGUAAAAAAAACCGUUGACGUGGGAACGUCAGUGGAUUAGGCCUUUUGGGGGAUACCACUUUAAAAAAAACUGUUGACGUGGGAAACCACUUAAAAAAAACGCAUCCUAUAUACUAUACCUCACUGGGUGAUGUGGAAAUUAGUAUUAAAAAAUUUUCGUGAACCUAGGUUUUAAAUUAAUCAAGUACCUAUUUAUUUAUUUUUAUUAAUAGCUGGAUUGGUUACUGACCGAGGGGGAGUAUUAUGCAAAAAUGAAAGACCAUUAUGCAGUCAACCCGCCACCUGGAGCACUGCAUAGGUUCGAUGCCAGGGUGCACUACCCGUUCGGCAAGGCCUCCGGGCCAUCCAUUCCGGAUAUUGUCUACCAGACCGUACCGGUAGUGACACCCACAAAAAGGCAGUUGUUCCAGUCCACUGUGACCGGGGCUGGCACUCCUCCGGAAUUGGACAUGAGUGUAGGGUCUGGGGUUCCUAAGAAUCCCAUAUGUCGACGGUGGUUCCGGCGUACCGAUUUGUAAAAUUUUAAUUUUUUUUGAUUUCGUGUAGUUUAAUAAUUAUUUUGUUUUUUAAUUAAAUUUUUUUUUUUUUUUUAGUCAAUGAUGUAGCCCAGAUCCCCCAGUCGCCUACGUCUGGUAUGGGGCAACAUUUUUAUUUUUUUUUUUAUUUUUUUUUAAAUUUAUAUUGAUUUCGUUUAGUUUAAUAAUUAUUUAAUUUUUUUAAUUUAAAUUUUUUUUGUAGUCACUGAACUUCUACAAAGCCCCCAGACACCUACGUCUGAAAUGGGGCAAUUGUUUCGAAAGGUCAGUGUCGUGUCGUGUCGCCGGUAAAGAUGAAAUUCUCCAAAGAAGAAGAGGUGGUAUUGAGACGGCUUGUAAUUGAAAAAGGACCCUAUCUUAAACACCGCGGACGGUCUUAGGAAGUUGCUGAGCACUCCCACCUUCAAUCUCGUUACUAGGUCCUUGCCAUCCACAUUAGGACCAACGUACGAGAUUUGAAAAAACGGCUGGACCGAGGGUUAGGUAAGCUGUAAGAUAGGUUCCUUUUUUCGUUGGUUGUUCGUGGUGAAGCUGCUUCAGUGGAAUAGGCUUGCGGGGACAUCACUUUAAAAAAAAACGAUCGUUUAAAAAGAGUCCCAAGUUUUCAAUAUGGCUUCGAGAGUAUCUGUGAACAUAUUUUAUAUAUACGACAAGAGUCCCACAUCUCUGCUCCGCGGUAUUUACGCUAUUAAAAUGGCUAAUGAUAAGAUCGAAGAAAUCGAAUUAAAUUUACAAACUAGAAUCGAAAGCCGAAACGACAUUGAUAUGAUAACAAAGGAAUUUAGCGCGAUAACUGUAUAUAUCAUGGAGAAAGAUAUUAUUUUGAGGUUAACUGAUUCCAGUGUCAAGGCAAUAAACCCAAAAAGAUCAAAGGGCGUUGCGUUUGAAGUAGUUAAAGGCGUAAUGGCUAGGUUGUCGAUUUUCGAUGGCGUUGACGCGACGUUGUAUUGUCCUACAAAAGAAAUUGGUCCAGCAAAUGAAGCUCAACGUCUACCAAAGUGAUAGUUAAUGUGGAAGAUUUUAUCAUUCCUGAAGACAGAGUUCCAGAUGUAAUUUAUAUUAUGGAACUUGAUGCUAGGAGCAGACGUUUGGAAUUGGAGAAUAUUCUAUUUGUACCAGUCUCAAUUGUCCUUCCUACCUUUGACAAUCAGGAUUCAAAAUGUAUUAUAUGCACAGAGGCUGACAGAACACACAUAUUCAUCCAUGGGCCAUACAAUUUUAUGUGGUGAUUGUAUAAAUCUGUUAGAACCAAAACAUUGUCCUGCGUGUAGUGAACAUUUCACUAACUCUCUUAGAAUUUGGUAAGACGUAAUUAUAAAUGCUUUGUUCAUAAUGACUGUUGUGUACUUAUAUACCUAUGAUAUAAAUUAACAACUACACAUGUAUAAUACCCUGUCGGACUCCUUACAUUGUUGGUAUAAAUAUUGUAUAGAUUAUUAUGUUGUGUAUAUAUUUACGUACUUGUUUAUAUUUAUGUA